AUGGAUGAAUCGGAAGAAGCGAGAGUUUUGGCGAUUACUAAAGAUUAUGGAGAGCUUCAUCAAGCAAUUCUUCAAUUACUAUUGCAGGUGAAAAGUAUAGACUCACAUAAAUUGACGCGAUUUGUUGGGGAUGCAGUUGCAGACAUUGUUAUAGAUGAAAAAACUAUAAAACGCCGACAAGAAAGUGGAAAUGAUGAUAGAAAUGAAGCCGAAACAGAAAGAAAUGAAAAUAAAACUGAUGAUGAUGUGGAAGAACAAAAUGAACAGCGUCAAAAUAGCCGUGAAAAUCGACAAUUAAGAAUACAAGUGAGAAAGCGAUUAGAUGAUAUCGAAGUUUUGAACACAAUGGGAGUUCUUAAUAGGAGGCUUACUCCCCUCAACUUAUGCAUAGAAAGAAUGAUUGAUGAAAACAGUACAGACGAUGUCGAAUCAAGCACAGACGAGGCAGCGUACAUUUACACACUAAUUAACAGGAAAUCCACGAAAGUGUUACAAAUAUCAACGUCUUUCAGUGAAAAAGAGAUGAAGGUGAUCUCGUUUUUACUUGAUCUCACGUUUGGUGACAGUACUGGUGACGAGGACACAUCAUCGAGACGCGAACAUUAUUCCAUCGCGAGAUAUGACACCCUCAACAAUAUCCGAUCUGGAUUUGGAUACAGCAUGGUUGAGGCCGAACAAUUGAUGACACGAUUAGUUUUGGAUGGAUGGUUUGAGUUAUUUGAUACAUCGUACAGUCUUACGCCAAGAUCAUUAUUGGAAUUAAAGGAUUACUUGAAGGAAAGGUACCCCUCUGUUUCCACUUGUUUGGCCUGCGGUCAAAUACUUGUAAGAGGUUUGGAGUGUAAAGUUGCAGAUUGUCCGGUCCGUUUUCAUUCCAAAUGUUAUCAAUUUUAUAAAGUUGCACACCAGAAUGAUGUGUCUUGUCCCGGCAAAGACUGCACCGGAAGUUUAGAAGAUGUUGUUGAUUUCUCGUAG